UCCGCCCCUAAGGCUCCCUCCGCGCCGCAGGGAUUGGGAGAGAGGCAGGGAGGGGGAAAGCCCAGGCUCUGCUGGGCGAGGACCGGAAGUGACCCCUCCUCCCGCGGGGUUGGGAGGCGGGCACGACCCUAGUACUUCCGGGUCGCGGGGUCAAGCUGUGGCUGGCGGCAGAUUCGAGCUGCUACGGGCGGACGAGGCGACGGGAUGGACGAGGCAGUCGGGGACCUGAAACAGGCGCUUCCUUCCGUGGCCGAGUCACCCGUGAUCAACGUGGAGGUGCAUCUGCGCUGCAACAGCACAGCAAAAAAAGAAGAAAUAAAGCUGAGUGUUGUAAAGCUACUAAAUAGACAUAACAUCGUGUUUGGAGAUUACACAUGGACUGAGUUUGAUGAUGCUUUUCUGUCCAGAAACGUGCAGUCUGUGUCUAUUGUUGAUACAGAGUUAAAAGUGAAAGAACGACAGCCAAUUGACUUGAGCAAGUGUACUCUUGCCCUUCAUGUCUUCCAACUGAAUGAAGAAGGACCCAGCAGUGAAAAUUUGGAGGAAGAGUCAGAAAAUAUAAUUGCAGCAAAUCAUUGGGUGCUGCCUGCAGUUGAAUUUCACGGUCUUUGGGAGAGCCUUGUAUAUGAUGUUGAAGUUAAGUCACACUUGCUUGACUAUGUGACAACAACCUUAUUAUUUUCCGACAAAAACGUUGAUAGCAACCUAAUAGCCUGGAACAGAGUUGUUUUGCUACAUGGUCCUCCAGGAACUGGGAAAACAUCUUUGUGCAAAGCAUUAGCACAGAAAUUGACAAUUAGGCUUUCUUGCAGGUAUCAAUAUGGCCAGUUAAUUGAAAUAAAUAGUCAUAGCCUUUUCUCUAAGUGGUUUUCAGAGAGUGGUAAACUAGUAACAAAGAUGUUCCAGAAGAUUCAAGAGUUAAUUGAUGAUAAAGAAGCCCUGGUGUUUGUGCUGAUUGAUGAGGUGGAAAGUCUCACAGCAGCCCGUAAUGCCUGUAGGGCAGGCACUGAACCAUCAGAUGCAAUCCGGGUUGUCAAUGCUGUUUUGACACAAAUUGAUCAGAUUAAAAGGCAUUCAAAUGUUGUUAUAUUAACAACUUCAAAUAUUACUGAGAAAAUCGACAUGGCCUUUGUAGACAGAGCUGAUAUAAAACAAUACAUAGGGCCCCCAUCUACUGCAGCUAUUUUCAAAAUUUAUCUUUCUUGUUUAGAAGAACUAAUGAAGUGUCAAAUAAUAUACCCACGUCAACAACUGUUGACUCUUCGAGAACUAGAAAUGAUUGGUUAUGUUGAAAAUAAUGUAUCAAAACUGAGUCUACUAUUAAGUGAAAUUUCAAGGAAAAGUGAAGGACUUAGUGGCCGAGUCUUGAGGAAACUUCCCUUUCUAGCCCAUGCAUUAUAUAUACAAACACCAACCGUUUCAGUAGAAGGAUUCCUCCAGGCCCUUUCACUUGUAGUGGACAAACAGUUUGAAGAGAGAAAGAAGCUUUCAACUUGCAUUGGAUAAUCUGUUGUAUCUGACUUCAUUGCACAUACAGUAAUUGAUUUAAUAUUCUUAAGCACGGCUGUUGCCCCUCUAAUUCCAUCUUUAAAGAAGAGUUAUGGGGCAGCUAGGUGGCACAGUGGAUAGAGCACCGGCCCUGUAGUCAGGAGUACCUGAGUUCAAAUCCGGCCUCAGACACUUAACACUUACUAGCUGUGUGACCCUGGGCAAGUCACUUAACCCCAGUUGCCUCACUAAAAGAAGAAGAAGAAGAGUUAAAUAGGGGUGAGAAUUACUCAUGUUCCUUUAGCCUUUGUUAAAAGCAUUAGUGUGUGCUACACACAUAUCAUUGUCAGACUCCUUUAGAAAGAUAAAUGUCCUAUUAUGUUCAAUUUUGAAGGGAAAUUUAGAAUGUAUAUACUGGCAGUUUUGUUCAUAUCAACCCAAAGAAUCACCUUUCUCUGUUGAAUCUUCUUUUUAACUUCCCUUUAUAAUUGUAAAAUAAAAUUGCUUAACAAUUUAGUCUUUGGUAAUGUGCAAAUAUGUUUAAUAUGAUUGUACAUACAUAACCUAUAUCAGAUUGCUUGCCCUCUUGGGGAGGGAAGGGGAGGGAGAAAAAUUUGGUAUUCCAGAUCUUAAGAAGACAAAUGUUGAAAACUAUUUUUACAUGUAACUGGAAAAAAAUAAAAUACUAUUAAGAUUGGGGGAAAAAACAAUUACACAAUUGACUGCAAGAUAUAGAGAAAAAAUUAAUCUUUGGUCAUAUUAUAUAAUAACUAAUUGUUGUUAAGUCUUUGACAUAAAUAUAAUUGGAGCAUUUAAAAUACACAUCAUAGGAAAUAUAGCAUGAUUUACCAAAUUUUCUUAUUUAAUGCCAGGUGAUACAUACAUACACACACACACACAUACACACACAUAUACAGUGUUUAAGCAACAGAAGUCCCACCCAUUUUAUAGGAAAUGAGAGAAAUGUUUUACUCUUUGUAACAUUUGAGCAUUGUAAAGUUUAAAGGUAAAAAUGUUUAACAUUAAAAACAUGUAUAAUUACUCCUAAUAUACCCCAACCUUAUUUCAACUACACUAUAAUUUUGGCUGAUAAUUUUAUUUUUAUGUGUUUAUUUGUUGAAUAAAUGCUCUUCACUUCUUAAAGAUUAAGUUACAAAUUAUGUGCCAUAUAAAAUGAACUGUUCAAUAAUGAAUGUAAAGUGGAUUCAUGAGUUCUACAAAUUAUAUUUCAUUUUCACCUCUGUAUAAGAUAAAUUCAUGUUAAGCUGUUCUACAUAAUAUCUACUUUUAAA